CGGUCGUACCGCGGUUCGGUGGUCUGCGGUCCGUGCAGUGGUCUUGUUGACGGUUGACCGGCGCGGUGGUCUGUGGCCUGUGCCUGGUGCAUCGCACGGCUACACAGCAGUCGGAGUGGAGUGGAGUAUACCUACGCAGCGGUUUAUAAGUUAUUGCAGAAAAACGGGAGGGGGCUAUGAAUAGCCCCCCCUCCCCCAAUGGGGGCGGGCAUACACAGCGUCCAAUUUAGGUAUACGAGGGGUAUAGGCCGAACCUCCACAUUUCGGUCCCUCAUUGAGCUGGUUUGGAAAAAAGUGCUUUCUGCUUGUAGCGAAACAAAGCUCUUGUGAUCUUGCAUCUGGUUAUAUUUUGUUGAACUCUCAAGAACACGGCUCUUGCUGCAAUCGAUUGUCGAGUAGGUAAUCAUCUGGCAACUACUGGUCUUAAUACAAAAGGACGACAGGUGCCGGUCGGCAGCCAUGUCUCUCCAGCUGCGCUGCCCGCUGUACCAGCUGGCACUGCUGGCUGCGGCCGCCGCCACGGUGGGGUGCGGCGGACCCCGCGCCCCCGCCGCCGAGCCGGGACAGCCCCUGCAGGAGACGCUGCAGCUCAUACAGCAGCGGCUGGCCUCACUGGACGACAGGGUGCAGCAGCUGACGAGGAUGGUAUCUCAGGACAAUGGCGGCGGCGGAGCGGCCGAGAGCGUGCGACAGUGCGCGCUCUCCUGCGCAGAGGGCCGCGACUGUCUGGUGGUCGACUACCGCGCGCCGGACAACUGCCGGCCCCUCGAGAAGCUCGCGACCUGCGACCGCGCCGGCGGCGCCGCCUCCGGCUACUUCGUUAGCGUGGCGCAGACGUGCGCACGCACCUGUCUUCAGCUGCUCCGUCAGAAGCCCAGCUCCCGGGACGGUCUGUACCACCUGCACGGCCUGACCGAGCCGGUGUUCUGCGACAUGAGCCGGGACGGCGGCGGCUGGACGCUGCUGCUAACGGCCAACUCCCAGGACGGCUGGAGCCUGGACACGCUGAUGGAGAGGGAGGCGGCCCGGCCGGCGCUCGACCACAACUAUUCCAUCUUGCAGCACGCCGACUCACUCAAGGCGGCCGGCAAAGGCGCGAGGUUUCAGUACAGGCUGGAGGCGCAGGCGCAGUCGGGCCGCGGCCGCUGGGGAGGGGUCUGGUCAGCUCCUCGCUCCUACAGCUUCACCCACCAGCUGACCAACCAGACGGACGUGAGGCUGGAGGACCGCUUCGACAACUGGAAGUACGACAUGAACAGCAUACAGCAACGCCUGCCGUGGGUGAACGCUGGCGGCUACGCCGGAGGUAAGCCGCUGCUGACCACCUCGGACCAGUGGCGUUCCGGCGCCUUCUGGGGCACGCUGGUGACGCGGCCCGAGCAGCGCGCCUACCGCCACAGCCCGUGGGUUUACGGCACGGCCGCCCAGCACUCGGGCACCGUCCUCUACUGGCUGCGGGAGGAGCCGGCCAGCUGAGGAACCGGCGAAUUAUCCCCCGGGAACCGUCCUCUACUGGCUCCGGGAAACAGGCCAGCAGGAGGGGUCGGCUCGGGGAAACGACCGUCGACCACUCCAGGUGGAACGGUCGGCUUGGGAGAUGGUCGACUAAGGGCAAAAGUCAACUAAGAGGGACGGUCAGGUACGGAGAACGGUCAAGCGAGAGAGUGCGGUAGCUAAUGAGCUGUACUAUGCUUGCACUGAUGCAAAGCUGCCGUCAUAAGCGGCCAGCAGCUAGCAAGUACCAACUCUGGCUCAGGUCCAGGCCGGUUUCCACCAUCGCGAGCGCCCGGCCAUUCUCAUUUCAAUUCAAUUGAAAUGUGCUUCAUGAGUGAAAAAUGGCUAUGAAUUGUUGUUCAAUGAAAAAACCUCGAAAGUAGGUUUGUAUCUCAAGGAAUAUUAUAUCCAAUGUAAAUAUAACACAUCUUAU